AUGAGGACAUUGAUUAUUUUCGCUAUUUGUCUAAUUUUGUACGGAGAGUGCAAGCUAUUACCUAAAGGGAACCAUCAUGGUAACUGGAUAACUAACGAAAUAUCUACAAAGAAGAUCCAUCACGCUGGACCUCCAGAUCACACUAAGCUUGUUGCUAUGGCCAGAUAUGUCCUCCACAAUUCCAACUGGGCGUCUAUAGCUACCAUAUCAGUAUUGCCGGCUAUUGAAGGAUUUCCGUUUUCAAACGUUAAAUCAAUUGUUGACGGGUCUCUUGCUAACUCUACUGGAAUUCCAUAUUUUUAUGUAUCUCCUCUGGACUUCACGGCUCGGGAUUUGACGAAAAACAGUCGUGCCACGAUAUUGGUUACUUUGGAGGAAACACGAUUCUGUGAAAACCAAAAAUAUGACCCCGAAGACCCGCGUUGCACCCGUCUUAUGCUGUCCGGGAAAAUGAAAAAGGUCAAAGACGGCUCUCCCGAGUAUGAAUUUGCGAAGGCCGCUUUGUUCGAGAGACAUCCGGCGAUGGCGACUUGGCCAACUGACCACGACUGGUUUAUCACCAAAAUGAAGAUCGCCCAAAUAGCAAUGGUGGACUGGUUCGGCGGUGCCAAAUAUAUCCCUGUUAAAGACUACCUCGCUUACAACUACACUGGCACUGAAAUGCUGCAACAUUACCGCCAAGGGCAUCAUGUAGCCCUUUAA